UCUCAACCACCAUCGGUUUAGGGAUUGCGCGAAGCCUUCAAGGUCCCAUUUUUAGUGGAGGCGAACGAGAAAGAUCCAAUCUUUCCUCCUCUUCGACCGCCGCUUCCCUCUCUCUCCGCGCGCCAUGACGAAUCAGAAUGUUGUGGUGCAGGCCAUCACGGUGGCGGCGGUGGCGAACUCGCCGCCCCUAUUCACCUACCCGCCGCCUCGCACUAGCGGCAGCUCUGCCGCGGCCGCCAUCCCGAAGAAGUAUCUUUCUCCGGUCGAUCUUGGCGGAGGCUGGACCAAUGGGUGGCUGGAGGCGAUUAAAGCUUCCUCUCCUACUCACGCUAAGUCUGCUCUGUUAUCCGCGCCAGCCGUAGAGUCCGAACAGGACGAGCAAUCUACAUGGAUUAUGCGUCAUCCUUCUGCGUUGAGCAAGUUCGAACAGAUCACUAGCGCCACCAAGGGGAAGCAAAUCGUAAUGUUCUUGGACUACGAUGGAACGCUCUCGCCCAUCGUCGAUGAUCCCGACUCCGCCUUCAUGUCCGAUACCAUGAGGGCUGCCGUGAAGAAAGUCGCAAGGUUAUUUCCCACUGCAAUUGUGAGCGGGCGGUGCCGAAGCAGAGUAUACGAAUUUGUAAGAUUGACUGAAUUAUAUUACGCUGGAAGCCAUGGGAUGGACAUCAAGGUUCCCAAAGGAACUCGAUACACCAAGAAGAAGAAAGCUGUUCUCUUUCAACCAGCAAGCGAGUUCCUGCCCUUAAUGAAUGAGAUUCAUAAAGCUCUGUUGGAGACAACCCGAUCCAUUCCUGGUGCCAAGGUGGAGAACAACAAGUUCUGCGUGUCAGUCCAUUUCAGAUGUGUAGAUGAAACGUGUUGGGGUGUGCUGGUGGAGCAGGUGGUGUCACUGUUGAAGAGCCACCCCGAAUUACGGCUUACUCAAGGGAGAAAGGUGUUAGAAAUCCGUCCCACCAUUAAAUGGGACAAGGGAAAGGCUUUGGAGUUCCUGCUAAAAUCACUUGGUUUUGCUGACAACAAAAACGUAGUGCCUAUUUAUAUCGGAGAUGAUCACACCGACGAAGAUGCUUUCAAGGUUCUACGUGAUAGAGGACAAGGUAUAGGAAUUCUGGUUUCGGAGUACCCAAAGGACACGAAUGCUUCUUAUUCUCUCAAAGAGCCAUAUGAGGUGAUGGAGUUUCUUCUUCACCUAGUGGAGUGGAAGCGCCACUCAUUAAAGGCUCGUUCCGAAGAGUAAAUAGGGAAGAGACGCUGCGACUAAAGCUUGGGAGGGUUUGCAUUGAUGGGAGCUCUAUGUUGUCCCUUGUUUAAUGGGAGGGGGAGAGAGAGAGAGAGAGAGAGAGAGAGAGAGAGAGAGAGAUUUU